AUGUGCAUCGCAAAAAAAAAAAAAUUUUGUUGUGUUACUCUUUUACCAAUCAUGACACAAGCUACACUUCAGACUAUAUACGAUAGGCCGUAUGAGAUAUUUAAGACUGAUGGAGAGUUUUUUAAUAAGCUAGUCAAGUCGUUUAUAGACCCGUUGGCGAAAAAGUAUUCUGUGUUGGAUGAGAUAUAUAUUGAUGGGUUAGACUCAUCGCAAGUUUUUGGACAAACAAAAAUGGUUCUCGAUGGGGUGGGUGAGGAGUUGUUGGGGAGUGUUAUACCGGAGAUACAAGGGAUGGUAAGAGAUGAAGAAGAGGAAGAAGAGAACACUCAAGAAGAAGAGGACACUCAAGAAGAAGAGGAACCGCCGGCAGAAGAAGAGGAACUCGAGGAAGUCGAGGAAGAACUGGAACAAGAAGAACAGCCAGAGGAUGAAGAACCCCAAGUUGAACUGGAGGAAGAACAGCCCGAAGAAGAGGAAGACGCCGAACCUAUCCAUAAAGAUGCGUUUGGCCUUAAUGAUGGGUUUUUCGAUAUUGACGAGUUCAACAAACAAGUCUUGGCUAUGGAGAACGAUAAUAACGACGAUGAGAUAGACUAUUUUGAUAGUUUGAGUGGCGACGACGAUGAGAUGGAUUACUACAAUGACUUUUACGACAAGCCAGGAAAGUUUAAGCAACAAGUGCCUGAAAAAGAGGAGUUUGAGGAAGAUGAUUACGACAAUGCAGUCAACUCGGCUAUGCUAGAUUUAUUUGCCGAGGAGGAGCCACAGCCAAAGGAAAGUUUGUCGUCGUUUGAAAAGCAGCAAAAGUCUAUCCAAGCGGAAAUUGCCAGGUUGGAAGCAGAAUUGGUGGCAGAUAAGAAAUGGACAAUGAAAGGUGAGAUCACGUCUAAAGAUAGACCGCGAGAAUCGUUAUUGGAGGAGACUGAAAUAGCUUUUGACCGUACAUCCAAACCGGUUCCGGUGAUAACUGAGGAGUCGACGCAGACAUUGGAAGACCUUAUUCGCAAACGUAUCAAGGAAGACGAUUUUAAUGAUUUGCCCAGACGUAUAAUAACAGACAUUUCCAAGUUCCACAAGACGCCACGAGCCGAGGUUUCUGAACAAAAGUCGUCCAAGUCGUUAGCUGAGUUGUAUGAGGAUGAGUAUAACCAUGUUGAUGCACAACAAGAAUCGAUCAACGAAGAGGUGAAGAAACAGCACGACGAGAUUAGUGAGUUGUUUACCAAGGUUACACAUAAAUUAGAUGCGUUGUGUUCAGCUCAUUUCAUUCCCAAACCACACCAAGCCAAGACCAUUGAUAUUAAGGUUACCGAUAGUAUUAGCAUGGAAGAUGCGCAGCCAUUGCAUGUGUCGAACGAGUCGAGGUUGGCACCACAGGAGAUAUAUAAGAUUGGUGAUGAUGAGGCUAAGGGUGAUGGAGUUAAGGGCAAGUCGCAAGUGCAAUUAAAGUCUGGUUUGUCGUACUCGAAAGAUGAGUUGAGUCGUGAAGAUAAACAGAGGUUAAGACGUGCUAGCAAGAGAAAGAAGGCCAAGACGUUUAACCAAAGACAAGAGACCAAACGUCAAAGGAAAGAUGGUGUUGUCGAUACGUUGGCUGGUGCAAAGAACCUUACUGUCAUUGGCAAUAAGGGUGAGAUGAGAGACAUUAAAGGUAAUCUCAAAAAGGCCAGCGGGCCACAAAGCUCAAAUAGUUUUAAGUUGUAG